AUUAAUUAAAGGAUUUUAAAUUCCUUUUAAUCAAGUAUAUAAGUGUGACUUCCAAGUUUUAUAUGCGGACUCCAAAACACAAAUCCAGCAAUGGAGAAAACGAGGAUCAUUUCCUUUCUCCUUCUCUUCUUCUUUACCUUCCUCUCUCUUCACCUCAUCAUCAUCACACUACAAAAUACUGCUCUGCCAACCAUGGCCAUCCCUCUCUCCACCGAUAAUCGUUGGAUUGUGGACGAGAACGGGCAGCGAGUGAAGCUGGCUUGUGUUAAUUGGGUGACGCAUCUGGAGCCAAUGGUGGCGGAGGGACUCAGCAAGCGCCCCAUGGAUUCGAUCUCAAAAACAAUUGUGUCGAUGGGAUUCAACUGCGUACGGUUCACUUGGCCGACUUUCUUGGUCACCAACGACUCUCUAGCCUCUCUAACUGUGAGACAGUCUUUUCAAAAACUCGGUCUGUUUGAAUCCAUUGCUGGUAUCCAAGCAAAUAAUCCGUCUAUAAUUGAUCUUCCUCUCAUCAAAGCGUAUCAGACAGUGGUAUCGAACCUCGGAGAAAACAAGGUGAUGGUGAUUCUAGACAAUCAUAUAAGUAAGCCCGGUUGGUGUUGCAGUAACUUGGAUGGUAAUGGUUUUUUUGGCGAUCAAUACUUCAAUCCUGAUGUGUGGAUUGCUGGUUUAACUCGAAUUGCCACCAUGUUUAAUGGUGUUUCCACCGUGAUUGGUAUGAGUCUCAGAAAUGAACUUAGAGGUCCUAGACAGAACGUAAAUGAUUGGUACAGGUACAUGGUAGCAGGAGCAGAAUCAGUGCAUGAAGCAAAUCCAUACGUUCUUAUUAUACUUUCUGGUCUAAACUAUGAUAGAGACUUAUCUUUUGUUCGAAACCGAGCAAUAAAUUUGACAUUCACUGGAAAGAUAGUAUUUGAGUGGCAUUGGUAUGGAUUCUCGGAUGGUAGUGCAUGGGAAAGUGGCAACCCAAAUCAAGUGUGUGGCAGAGCAAUGAGUAAUAUGAAGCGCACAUCAGAAUUCUUAUUAGAUCAAGGUUGGCCAUUGUUUGUGAGUGAAUUUGGGGCAGAUCAAAGAGGAACAAAUGUGAAUGACAACAGGUAUUUAAAUUGUUUCAUGGGUGUGGCAGCUGACCUUGAUCUAGAUUGGGCAUUGUGGACACUUGUUGGAAGUUAUUAUUUGAGAGAAGGGGUAAUUGGAUUAAAUGAAAAUUAUGGGUUAUUUAACUGGAAUUGGUGUGAUAUUAGGAAUUCAAGCUUCUUACAGAAAAUAUCUGCCAUCCAAACUCCUUUUCAAGGACCAGGACUAUCUGAAAAGAAUAAGCAUAAAGUAAUAUUUCAUCCAUUAACAGGAUUUUGUAUCCUAAGAAAAUCAUUACUUGAUCCACUAAUAUUGGGUCCAUGCACUGAAUCUGAGGGUUGGAGUUACACAUCUCAACAUAUUAUAUCCAUUAAAGGAACAUACUUAUGUUUAAAAGUUGAAGAAUUGGAAAAACCUGUGAAAUUAAGUAUUAUUUGUACAGAUUCUAGUUCAAAAUGGGAACUUAUAUCAGAUUCUAAGAUGCAUCUUUCUUCUAAACUAAGCAAUGGAACAUCUAUUUGCUUGGAUGUGGACUCAACCAACACUGUCGUUACAAAUAGUUGCAAGUGUUUGACUAGAGAUAACAAGUGUGAUCCUGCCAGUCAGUGGUUUAAACUUGUUGAUAGCACUAGAAAUUUAUCUGUAAUAAAUUCUUUUCGUCGAACUAAUCCAAUUUUAGAAUUGCCUAGAAGUGGAUCGACGCAAUAGCAAUUUAUAACAGUGAAAAUAUAUAUCUACCUUUACUAUGAGUAACUCAUAUUACAUGUGUAUCAA